AUGGGUAACUUGAAGUUAGUUGAUGAUAUAGCGGUCAUGGUUAGUAGUUAUGUACCGGGAUUCUGUGACGAAAUGAUCUUCAACUUCCUUUUGUCCGGAUGGAAGGAAGACACACAACAAUUGGACUGA